AUGGACAGGCAGCAGGCGCCACCCUGGGUCCACAUAACCCUCAUCCUCUUCCUCCUCAGCCUCGGAGGGGCUAUCGAGAUUCCGAUGGAUCCAAGCAUUCAGAAUGAGCUGACCCAGCCCCCAACUAUCACCAAGCAGUCAGUGAAGGACCACAUCGUGGACCCCCGUGAUAACAUCCUGAUUGAAUGUGAAGCUAAAGGGAACCCUGCCCCCAGCUUUCACUGGACUCGAAACAGCAGAUUCUUCAACAUUGCCAAGGACCCACGGGUGUCCAUGAGGAGGAGGUCUGGGACCUUGGUGAUUGACUUCCGCAGUGGUGGACGGCCUGAGGAAUAUGAAGGGGAAUACCAGUGCUUCGCCCGGAACAAAUUUGGCACUGCUCUUAGCAACCGGAUCCGCCUGCAGGUGUCCAAAUCCCCGCUGUGGCCCAAGGAAAACCUAGACCCCGUCGUGGUUCAAGAGGGUGCCCCCUUGACACUGCAGUGCAACCCCCCACCUGGCCUCCCAUCCCCAGUCAUCUUCUGGAUGAGCAGCUCCAUGGAACCCAUCACUCAGGACAAGCGUGUCUCCCAGGGCCAUAAUGGGGACCUAUACUUCUCCAACGUCAUGCUGCAGGACAUGCAGACCGACUACAGCUGCAAUGCACGCUUCCACUUCACCCACACCAUCCAGCAGAAGAACCCUUUCACCCUCAAGGUCCUUACCACCCGAGGAGUUUCCGAAAGAACGCCUAGCUUCAUGUAUCCUCAGGGCACCUCGAGCAGUCAGAUGGUACUUCGUGGCAUGGACCUGCUGCUGGAGUGCAUUGCCUCUGGGGUCCCAACACCAGACAUUGCAUGGUACAAGAAAGGUGGAGACCUCCCGUCUGACAAGACCAAGUUUGAGAACUUUAACAAGGCUCUUCGCAUCACCAAUGUCUCUGAAGAAGACUCUGGAGAAUAUUUCUGCCUGGCGUCCAACAAGAUGGGCAGCAUCCGGCACACGAUCUCGGUGAGAGUAAAGGCUGCUCCGUACUGGCUGGACGAACCCAAAAACCUGAUCCUGGCUCCUGGUGAAGAUGGGAGGCUGGUAUGCCGAGCCAAUGGGAACCCGAAGCCAACCGUCCAGUGGAUGGUGAAUGGGGAACCUUUGCAAUCGGCACCACCCAACCCCAACCGUGAGGUGGCUGGAGACACAAUCAUCUUCCGGGACACUCAGAUCAGCAGCAGGGCAGUGUACCAGUGCAACACAUCCAAUGAGCAUGGCUACCUGCUGGCCAAUGCCUUCGUCAGUGUGUUGGAUGUGCCCCCUCGGAUGCUGUCUCCCCGGAACCAGCUCAUCAGGGUGAUCCUUUACAACCGGACACGGCUGGACUGUCCAUUCUUCGGCUCUCCCAUUCCAACACUCCGAUGGUUUAAGAAUGGGCAAGGAAGCAACCUGGAUGGUGGUAACUACCACGUCUAUGAAAACGGCAGUCUGGAAAUCAAGAUGAUCCGCAAAGAGGACCAAGGCAUCUACACCUGUGUGGCCACCAACAUCCUGGGCAAAGCUGAAAACCAAGUCCGCCUAGAGGUCAAAGACCCCACCAGGAUCUACAGGAUGCCCGAGGACCAGGUGGUGAAGAGGGGCACGACAGUGCAGCUGGAGUGUCGCGUGAAACAUGACCCCUCCUUGAAGCUCACCGUCUCCUGGCUGAAGGACGAUGAGCCACUGUACAUUGGAAACAGGAUGAAGAAGGAAGAUGACUCCCUGACCAUCUUUGGCGUGGCAGAGCGGGACCAAGGCAGUUACACGUGCAUGGCCAGCACCGAACUGGACCAAGACCUGGCCAAGGCCUACCUCACUGUUCUAGCUGAUCAGGCUACUCCAACUAACCGUUUGGCUGCCCUGCCCAAAGGACGGCCAGACCGACCCAGGGACCUGGAACUCACUGACCUGGCUGAGAGGAGUGUGAGGCUGACCUGGAUUCCAGGGGAUGAUAACAACAGCCCCAUUACAGACUACGUCAUCCAGUUUGAAGAGGACCAGUUCCAACCAGGGGUCUGGCAUGACCACUCCAAGUUCCCAGGCAGCGUCAAUUCAGCCGUGCUCCAUCUGUCCCCGUAUGUCAACUACCAGUUCCGAGUCAUCGCUGUCAAUGAGGUUGGGAGCAGUCACCCCAGCCUUCCAUCUGAGCGGUACAGAACCAGUGGUGCACCCCCUGAGUCCAAUCCCAGUGAUGUGAAGGGAGAAGGGACAAGAAAGAACAAUAUGGAGAUCACGUGGACGCCCAUGAAUGCCACCUCUGCCUUUGGCCCCAACCUGCGCUACAUUGUCAAGUGGCGACGGAGGGAGACCCGAGAAACUUGGAACAAUGUCACAGUGUGGGGCUCUCGCUAUGUGGUGGGGCAGACUCCUGUCUACGUACCCUAUGAGAUUCGAGUCCAGGCUGAAAACGACUUUGGGAAGGGUCCCGAGCCUGACACCAUCAUUGGUUACUCAGGAGAAGAUUAUCCCAGAGCUGCACCCACUGAAGUUAAAAUCCGAGUCAUGAACAGCACGGCCAUCAGCCUUCAGUGGAACCGGGUCUACUCUGACACGGUCCAAGGCCAGCUCAGAGAGUACCGAGCUUACUACUGGAGGGAAAGCAGUUUGCUGAAGAACCUGUGGGUGUCUCAGAAGAGACAGCAGGCCAGCUUCCCUGGUGACCGCCCCCGGGGCGUGGUGGCUCGCCUGUUCCCCUACAGUAACUACAAGCUGGAGAUGGUUGUGGUCAAUGGGAGAGGUGAUGGGCCUCGCAGUGAAACCAAGGAAUUCACCACCCCGGAAGGAGUACCCAGUGCCCCCAGGCGUUUCAGAGUCCGUCAGCCCAACCUGGAGACCAUCAACCUGGAGUGGGAUCACCCGGAGCACCCUAAUGGAAUCCUGAUUGGAUACACUCUCAAAUACGUGGCCUUUAAUGGAACCAAACUAGGAAAGCAGAUGGUGGAAAACUUCUCUCCCAAUCAGACUAAGUUCUCGGUGCAGAGAGCAGACCCUGUGUCGCGCUACCGAUUCUCCCUCAGCGCCAGGACGCAGGUGGGCUCUGGAGAAGCAGCCACAGAGGAGUCCCCAGCACCUCCAAAUGAAGCUACUCCAACUGCAGCUCCUCCCACGUUACCCCCGACUACUGUGGGUACCACAGGCCUUGUGAGCAGUACUGAUGCUCCUGCCCUGGCUGCCACCAGUGAAGCCACAACAAUCCCCAUCAUCCCAACUGUUGUACCUACCACCAUCGCUACAACCACCACUGCCACCACCACCACCACCACCACCACCACCACCACCACCACCACGGAGAGUCCUCCCACUACCACCAUUGGGACUAAGAUUCACGAAACCGCCCCCGGUGAGCAGUCCAUUUGGAACGUCACGGUGCUCCCCAACAGUAAAUGGGCCAACAUCACCUGGAAACACAAUUUCAGGCCUGGAACUGACUUUGUGGUUGAGUACAUCGACAGCAACCAUACGAAAAAAACUAUCCCUGUUAAGGCCCAGGCCCAGCCUAUACAGCUGACAGACCUCUAUCCCGGGAUGACGUACACAUUGCGGGUGUAUUCCCGGGACAACGAGGGCAUCAGCAGUACCGUCAUCACCUUUAUGACCAGUACAGCUUACACCAAUAACCAGGCAGACAUCGCCACCCAGGGCUGGUUCAUCGGGCUCAUGUGUGCCAUCGCCCUUCUGGUGCUGAUCCUGCUCAUUGUCUGCUUUAUCAAGAGGAGUCGAGGUGGCAAGUACCCAGUACGAGAAAAGAAGGAUGUCCCCCUGGGCCCUGAAGACCCCAAAGAAGAAGAUGGCUCAUUUGACUACAGUGAUGAGGACAACAAGCCCCUGCAGGGCAGCCAGACAUCUCUGGACGGCACCAUUAAGCAGCAGGAGAGUGAUGACAGCCUGGUGGACUACGGUGAAGGUGGCGAGGGCCAGUUCAAUGAAGAUGGCUCCUUUAUCGGCCAGUACACAGUCAAAAAGGACAAGGAGGAGACAGAGGGCAAUGAGAGCUCAGAGGCCACAUCACCUGUCAAUGCCAUCUAUUCUCUGGCCUGA